AUGUUUAGAAAAACUACCUGGAGGAAUACAGCUAGCGAUGCAGUGAGUUUCCACCAGGACCAAGCCCUCAACACCACUAUAUUUCUCCUGAAAACCUAUGGGCCAACAGGGUUUCUUCUCAAAGAGGAGGGAGAGGCUAGGAAUUUUAAGGUGUGCCUUGGUGACCCACAUACGUGCACUUGUGCUGUGUUUGUCAGGGAGCAGGAUCCAUGCAAACACAUCUGCUGGGUUUUAUUGCGAAAAUUCAGAUUACCCAGAGAACAUGAAUAUUCCUUUCAGCAUGGACUUGUAGAGAGACAGAUCUCGGAGGUUCUUCAGGGUUUACACCAAACCAGAGCUCACCGGACGGAAAAUGAUCCCUCUGCCGGUUCUGAGUCACAAAGCGAGCCACUGAUGAGCCAGGAGCCUGGAAGCGUCUGCCGGAAACCGAUCCAAGCCCAGGAUGUAUGUCCUAUCUGUCAGGAGGAGCUGCUGGAGAAAAAACAACCUGUGUCUUACUGCAGGUUCAGUUGUGGCAAUAAUGUCCACAUAUCAUGCAUGAAGGUUUGGGCAAAUCACCAGAAGCUCUCCCAGGACGAUAUAAUGGUGAAAUGCCCACUGUGCAGAGAGGACUUCAGCUCUGUCAAGUCACUGUGGGAACAGGUGAAGAAUGCCAACACACUCUACACUGCAGCAGAAAGAGAGAAACCAGACAAACACCUGGGCGUUCUGUGUCACAGCUGCAGAGAGUGUCCCAUCACAGGCAAAUGUUUCAAAUGCACAGUGUGCAGAUACUUAUAUUUAUGUGAGGCUUGUUCAGAGAAGGGCUGCCACCCACAGCAUCCGUUUGCCUCACGGACGAGAAGAAGAGAGCAAUGGUGCCUUGUUUCAGAAGAUCUGUCGAAUGAACCAGGUGGAGCAUCAUCUCAACCAGAAAACAGAGUGAUGUGUUUAUUCCAUGCAACAAAACACAUCUGUGUUUCAUGUGCUCCUCAUCUCUUUCUUAGCAUUCGUAUAGCUGAAGAUCCUCUGCCAGAGAAAGUGUUAGAGAGUCUGUCUGUGGUAAGGGUCAGACCACGAUCUCUGCUCCUGGAUGAGGGUCAGCAGUGUCGGAUCUGUCUGCAGAGGUUUACUCUGGGACAACACGUGCGAACUCUGCCCUGCCGUCACAAGUUCCACAGGGACUGCGUUGACGGGAUCCUGCGCCAGUCCAACUCCUGUCCCCUGGAUGGGUAUGUCAUUUAUAAUCCUUUGAUUUGGAAAGCAUGCGAAAGGAAGACCACUCCUAAGCCGGCCUCCCGUCUUUCCAGUGCCUGUGCCAAACAACCAGAGAACAGCCUCAAGGACCUUUUUAUCCCAGGAGUGGCACUGUGGGACAAAACUCCUGCCACUCCCUCCCAUGGUGCUCUGAACUUAGAGCUCCGGUGA